UUGACCACUCCUUCCACAAGGGCCCUUUGUUCCCUUCACAGGACACUCUGAAUAACAAUUCUCUGGGCAAGAAGCACAGUUGGCAGGAUCGGGUGUCUCGAUCAUCCUCACCCCUGAAGACAGGGGAGCAGACGCCGCCACACGAACACAUCUGCCUGAGCGAUGAACUGCCUCCCCAGAGCAGCCCUGCCCCCACCAAGGACCGAGGCACCUCCACCGACAGCCCUUGCCGCCGCAGCGCGGCCACCCAGAUGGCACCACCGGGCGGCCCGCCUGCCGCCCCACCUGGUGGCCGGGGCCACUCGCAUCGAGACCGAAUCCACUACCAGGCAGAUGUGCGGCUAGAGGCCACUGAGGAGAUCUACCUGACCCCGGUGCAGAGGCCCCCAGACCCUGCAGAGCCCACCUCUGCCUUCUUACCGCCUGCCGAGAGCCGGAUGUCGGUCAGCUCCGACCCAGACCCUGCCGCCUACCCCUCCACGGCGGGGCGGCCACACCCCUCCAUCAGCGAAGAGGACGAGGGCUUUGACUGCCUGUCAUCCCCAGAGCGGGCUGAGCCACCAGGAGGAGGGUGGCGGGGGAGCCUAGGGGAGCCGGCGCCACCGCCACGGGCCUCGCUGAGCUCGGACACCAGCGCCCUGUCCUACGACUCGGUCAAGUACACGCUGGUGGUGGAUGAGCAUGCACAGCUGGAGCUGGUGAGCCUGCGGCCGUGCUUCGGAGACUACAGCGACGAGAGCGACUCGGCCACCGUCUACGACAACUGUGCCUCCGCCUCCUCGCCCUACGAGUCGGCCAUUGGAGAGGAGUAUGAGGAGGCCCCCCAGCCGCGGCCCCCCGCCCGCCUCUCCGAGGACUCCACGCCGGACGAGCCCGACGUCCACUUCUCCAAGAAGUUCCUGAACGUCUUCAUGAGCGGCCGCUCCCGCUCCUCCAGUGCAGAGUCCUUUGGGCUGUUCUCCUGUGUCAUCAACGGGGAGGAGCAGGAACAGACCCACCGGGCCAUAUUCAGGUUUGUGCCUCGACACGAAGAUGAACUCGAGCUGGAAGUGGACGACCCCCUGCUGGUGGAGCUGCAGGCCGAAGACUACUGGUACGAGGCCUACAACAUGCGCACCGGCGCCCGGGGCGUCUUCCCUGCCUACUACGCCAUCGAAGUCACCAAGGAGCCUGAGCACAUGGCAGCCCUGGCCAAAAACAGCGACUGGGUGGACCAGUUCCGGGUGAAAUUCCUGGGCUCAGUGCAGGUUCCCUAUCACAAGGGCAAUGACGUCCUCUGUGCUGCUAUGCAAAAGAUUGCCACCACCCGCCGGCUCACCGUGCACUGUAACCCACCCUCCAGCUGCGUCCUAGAGAUCAGCAUGCGGGGCGUAAAGAUAGGCGUCAAGGCUGAUGACUCCCAGGAGGCCAAGGGGAAUAAAUGUAGCCACUUUUUCCAGUUAAAAAACAUCUCUUUCUGUGGAUAUCAUCCAAAGAACAACAAGUACUUUGGGUUCAUCACCAAGCACCCUGCUGACCACCGGUUUGCCUGCCACGUCUUUGUGUCUGAAGACUCCACCAAAGCCCUGGCAGAAUCCGUGGGGAGAGCUUUUCAGCAGUUCUACAAGCAGUUUGUGGAGUACACCUGCCCCACAGAGGACAUUUACCUGGAGUAGCAGCACAGCACCGCCCUCUGCGUCCCCAGGCCCUCAGACCAGUGCCAGCCCAGCAGGCCGCCAACAGGAUGGGGCACUGCUUGAGGAGGGGCACCCGCCACCACCAGAGGAUGGGGAACUGGGGGCCACUGGCCCAGGGAGGGGGAGGGUGGGGGAUCUGGGAGAGGCAGAUGCAGUUUAUUGUAAUAUAUGGGGUUAGAUUCAUCUACGGAGGGUGGCGCGGGCUGCCUGGGGUUGGGAGGGGCAGAGCUGGCGGGGCAUCAGCCCCUGGCAGAGCGGGAUGUCCAUUCCAGGAAUGGGACCCCGCCCCACCCUGGGCCUUACUUCCCCUGCCAGGGGCUCUGGCUCUCCGGCUUGUGGUUCCUGCCUUGGUGAAGCCCCUGCCACCUGCAAGUGCCCACCCUGCCCCCAGCCCCACUGAAGCGCCCUGAGCUCAGGCCGAGCCCAGCCGCCUCCUGAGGACUUUCCAGUAAGGAAAUGGCAACGGGGGAGGUGAAGUCCCUGUUCUCAGCGCUGUCACUUGUGGGGCCUCUGGAUGGCUCCUGCCUCCAGCCUCACCGGCAUGCUGGCCCAUGGCAGACUUAGGACUCAGCAGGGCAGGAGACAGCAGCUACGGGGCCCGGUCCCGCGGGAAAAGGCUUCCUGACUGGCCCGGGCCGGGCCAUCUCUGUCCUGUCCCUCUGGCCCCAACUAUUAAAGUGCCAUUUCCUGUCUGGACCA